CCAUUUCCACUCCGCAGCUAAGCUGACUGGCUGCAAUGGAGCUGUGUCGCCACCGCACCCACCACCCUCGUCCAUGCUCAAGGCCAUUCCGCCGCCACCGGUCCAAACUGCUGGAUCCCAAGCGCCCAGGGCACCAUCUGGAGCGCGCUUGACGAAAGCAUGUAUAACAACAUGGAGUUGGAGUCCGUAGACAAACUCUUUUCGGCUUACCAGAAGAAUUGGGAUUCGGCCACCGAUGGCUCCUAUGAGGAUCUGCGUGUAACUGACGGCAAGCAAGCAAAGCAGAAGGUGCUCUCAGUGAUCGAUGGACGCCGGGCCCGGAACUAAAAUAUUGGUGCUUUUGUCCUGGCAGGAUUUCCCAAUACGAGCAAAAGCAGAAGAAACUCCACUACAGAAAGCGCUUUAUGCCGACGGUCAACGAUUUUAUACCGCGCAUCACCAGUGUAAUGGAGGCUUACCGCGAAAUGACCAGUUCCCGACGUCUGCGCAAGCUCCUUGAGCUGGUUCUGGUUUUGGGCAACUACAUGAACCGCGGGGCACGUGGCAACGUCUCCGGAUUCCGACUAAUCUCACUUAAUCACCUGGCCGACACCAAGUCCAGUGCCGCCAAGGGCACCAGCCUGGGCGUAAAUUCAAGGAUCCACUGAAGCUGGAGGAUGACAUUCUGCAUGCCCGUGAGGCUGCCAAGGUGUCGCUGAGAGAGAUGGGCAAGGAUAUCCAGAUGCUGCGUACCGGCCUGGCGGAUGUGGCACGGGUAAUCGAGUUCCAUCGAAGUUCUGGCCCCGCCCAGCAGGGUGAUCGCUUUUUGCCCGUCAUACGGGAGCUCCACGCCUCGGCCUCGGUGCGCUUUGCUGAGCUGGAGGACAAGUUCCAGGACAUAAGACUGGCUUACUUUGUUUUGUUUAAUAAGACAAUGAAUAAAUGUAAUUAGUCAUUCCCAUA